CAGGUCGGGGAGGGGGCACUUCCGGUGGGAGCGGCAGGCCCGGGAACCGGAAGCGGGGCCUGGCGGCGGAGCGCAGCCGGGGCAGCAGCGCCGGGAGGGUCGAGCAAGGAGCAGCCGGGUGAGACCAGUUUGGGGAUGUGAACACAAUGAGUGUAAACCAGCAAGCUCACACAGGGCUUCCUUAUGGGCAGCCUCAGCCUGGAUAUCAGGGAUACCAACAAUCCGGUUAUGGAGGGCAGCAAAUGCCUGGAGUUCAUCAUUCUCAGUAUGGAGCUUAUAAUGGUCCGCUGCCAGGAUAUCAGCAGCCAGCCCCUUCACAAGGUUACUUUUCUUCCUUGGGGUUCCCUUCGAAGGGCUCUCCUGUUUCUAUCAACUCUGAUACUCCUACUCUUGCACCUAACUUCAUAGGUACAUUAAGAGCGCCUCCACCAACCUCUGGAGCACCUGUUCCUGCUGGCCAGCCAGUGUAUAGUCAGUUUGGGCAAGGAGAUGUGCAGAAUGGGAUUGCAACUUCAGCAGUCCAGAUGCAAAGGCCCUCUGCAUCUCAGCCAUUCAUACCAGGCACUGGACCCACAGCUGUUAGCCAACCAGCUACCUUCCAGCAAUAUGGCUCUCCCCCAACCAGCGCGCAGCAACUGACCAAUCACAUGGCAGGAAUGCAGAUAGGCAGUUCAGCCUCGGCUCCUCCCCCAGCUGGACUGGGCUAUGGUCCCCCAACAUCAGUUCCUCCAGCCUCAGGAAGCUUUACUGUGACAGGAUCUGGUCUCUACACAUCUUACUCUCCAAGCCAAGGACCCCCUCCUGUUACCAUGACCCAUGUAUUACCUCCUACCAGCCUGUCUCAGGGUCUUUCCCUGGCACAACCUGCUUUUUCUGGUCCGCCACUGUCAGCCCAGCGCCUCCCUCAAGCCCCUGGUUUUGUCCCACCUCCCUGCUCCACAGGGAUUGGACCUUCCAGUUACCCUCCUACCACUGGGGCCCCAAGACCUUCAACAAUGCAAGGCUCACAGUUGCCUGGACAUGCUCUAACUGGAUUACCAACAUCCCAGCCUAAUCAUGUGUCCUCACCACCACCUCAUCCAGCCAUGUCUGGGCCUGCAAUGACGGGCCUCCAGGGACCACCUCCUCUCACACAUCCUUCCCAGUCAGGAUACCAAGUGCAGCAGAAUGGUUCCUUUGGACAGGUUAGGGGCCCACAAUCAAACUAUGGCGGUGCUUAUCCAGGAACAUCAAAUUAUGGGAGUCAACCUGCACCACCUCCCCCGCCAAAACGCUUGGAUCCGGACUCCAUUCCUAGCCCUCAUCUCAGUGAGCUGCCACCCCAGCAGAAACCCAGGCACAGAAUAGACCCAGAUGCAAUUCCUAGCCCAAUCCAAGUAAUUGAAGAUGACAGAAAUAACCGCGGAUCAGAGCCAUUCAUCACUGGAGUUAGAGGGCAGGUCCCACCCCUCGUUACUACCAAUUUUCUGGUGAAAGAUCAAGGUAACACAAGCCCCCGCUACAUAAGAUGCACAUCUUACAAUAUUCCUUGCACCUCAGACAUGGCCAAACAAUCCCAGGUUCCCCUAGCUGCUGUCAUAAAACCACUGGCUACGCUACCCACAGAUGAGGUUCCUCCCUAUUUGGUAGACCAUGGAGAACCUGGUCCUAUCCGGUGCAAUCGGUGCAAGGCCUACAUGUGUCCUUUUAUGCAGUUCAUUGAGGGUGGAAGGAGAUUCCAGUGUUGCUUCUGCAGCUGUGUCACUGAGGUGCCUCCUCACUACUUCCAGCAUUUGGAUCAUACCGGCAAGAGAGUGGAUUUCUAUGAUCGACCUGAAUUAUCUUUGGGCUCCUAUGAGUUUUUGGCAACAGUCAGCUACUGUAAGAAUAACAAGUUUCCCAACCCACCUGCUUUCAUUUUCAUGAUUGAUGUGUCUUACAAUGCUGUAAAGAGUGGCUUGGUGAGGCUGAUCUGUGAAGAGUUGAAGUCACUCCUGGAUUACCUGCCCAGGGAAGGCAACAUGGAAGAGUCAGCCAUUCGGGUGGGCUUUGUCACUUACAACAAAGUGUUGCACUUCUAUAAUGUGAAGAGCUCAUUGGCACAGCCACAAAUGAUGGUUGUGUCGGACGUAGCUGAUAUGUUUGUGCCGCUGCUUGAUGGCUUCCUGGUGAACGUGAACGAGUCCAGGACAGUUAUUGUCAGUUUGCUGGACCAGAUCCCGGAAAUGUUUGCGGACACAAGAGAAACAGAAACUGUCUUUGCCCCAGUGAUUCAGGCAGGAAUGGAGGCACUGAAGGCGGCAGAGUGUGCUGGCAAGCUCUUCAUCUUUCACACCUCACUGCCCAUUGCAGAGGCCCCAGGGAAGCUGAAGAACAGAGAUGACAGGAAGCUAAUCAACACAGAUAAGGAAAAGACUUUGUUUCAGCCUCAGACGAGCUUCUACAGCAACUUGGCCAAGGACUGUGUGGCCCAGGGCUGCUGUGUAGAUCUGUUCCUUUUUCCAAACCAGUAUUUGGAUUUGGCAACACUGGGAGUGGUUCCUUACCAGACAGGUGGCUCCAUUUAUAAGUACGCCUAUUUCCAGCUGGAGACAGACCAAGAGCGGUUCCUGAAUGACUUGCGCAAAGAUGUCCAGAAGGAAGUGGGAUUUGAUGCUGUGAUGAGGGUGCGCACAAGCACGGGUAUUCGAGCAACUGACUUCUUUGGCGCUUUCUACAUGAGCAACACAACAGAUGUGGAGCUGGCAGGACUGGACUGUGAUAAAACCAUCACAGUGGAAUUCAGACAUGAUGACAAACUGAGUGAAGAUAGUGGGGCGCUUCUUCAGUGUGCUCUGUUGUACACAAGCUGUGCAGGACAGCGACGACUCCGCAUUCACAACCUCUCCCUGAACUGUUGCACGCAACUUGCUGACCUCUACCGGAAUUGCGAGACAGACACACUCAUCAAUUACUUGGCUAAGUUUGCAUAUCGUGGGGUUCUGAAUAAUCCAGUCAAGACAGUGCGAGACACGCUGAUCAACCAGUGUGCACAGAUUCUGGCAUGUUACAGAAAAAACUGUGCUAGCCCCUCUUCUGCUGGCCAGCUGAUCCUCCCUGAAUGCAUGAAGCUGCUUCCUGUGUACUUGAACUGUGUGUUGAAGAGUGAUGUCCUGCAGCCUGGGGCAGAAGUCACCACUGAUGACCGGGCCUACAUCCGCCAGUUAGUCAGCUCCAUGGAUGUAGCGGAAACAAAUGUUUUCUUUUACCCCAGACUUCUGCCUCUGACCAAAGUAGAUGUUGACAGCGACACCUUACCAGCGGCAAUCCGGAACUCUGAAGAGCGACUCUCUAAGGGUGACCUGUACCUCCUAGAGAAUGGAUUGAACAUCUUCGUGUGGGUAGGAGUGAAUGUGCAGCAGGGCCUGAUCCAGAACCUCUUUGGAGUGUCAUCCUUCAACCACAUCAGCAGCACUCUGAGUACCUUGCCAGUCUUGGAAAACCCCUUCUCUAAGAGAGUGCGAUCCAUCAUUGACAUGUUCCAGGCACAAAGAUCCCGCUACAUGAAGCUAAUAAUUGUGAAGCAAGAAGAUAAAUUGGAGAUGCUAUUCAAACACUUUCUGGUGGAGGACAAGAGCAUGAGUGGGGGGGCUUCAUAUGUGGACUUCCUCUGUCAUAUGCACAAGGAGAUUCGGCAGCUACUGAGCUAGAGGAGGGAGUGGUGCUGGACUUCAGCAGUGACAUUUCGGUCUCCGCUAACCACCUGAUCCAUGGGCCCAGCUCCCUCAAGAAGGACAACAUAGAAACCUGUACAAUUCCGUAAUUUUUAAUACACAUUGCAUAAACAAAUAUCCUUUCAACCUCUCCCAGCCCCAUUUGAGAGAGAUGCAAAAUUUCCUGGCGAGGGCAGAGAAAAGGCCUUCGAACCCUGGUCUUUUACCUGUCUUUAAGUUAUUUCCUGUACUUGGCAGGAAUCUACCCCCCUAUGCUCGCUAAUCCUGUUGUAAUGAAUGUAGUUUCUCAGUUCACUGUACAUGAUUCAGCAUUGGGUGAAAAAGCGAUAACUCUUCAAAACUA